AUAAGAGGAAGGGAGGGUGGAAGGGAAACGAGGCUGGCUGUGCUCUCUGCACCGCACCACUCUCUCCCUCAUUACCAUUCCAGACACUGCCUUCUCUGAGGAGAACCCUUCGCUCUGUUUGAAAUGCCAAUCACCGCUGGCCGUCCUUUCAUCCUCGAUCACACGCACUGAAAGCACGGGUGAGUGGGAGCCCCGCAGACGCUAAAAGGAUUUCCCGCUCUUCUCCAUUCCGAACAAAGUUUCUCGAAAAAGAAAAAUACACACGGAUGACGCUAUUUAGGAUCGCAGGAUCUUGACUAUACCGUUUUCCGCCUGUGAUCUCACCAGCAGACUAAUUAGUGCUAAGAGGAAAGAUGGGGAUCCUUUAAUCAGAGUGGUAAGGACUUCCUUUUUAUUAUCCACUUUGACUCAGUCAUCGGUCUGUCCUGCUCCUUCACAGCUGUUCCUCUCCUGGAAAAGGCAGGAACUGGACAGAGGAAGUGAAGGUUGAGGGUGGGGGUAGCGCUAGUACGUCCUGUGGGUUCACGAAUUGGAUCGGCUGUAGACUUUAUGUAAACCUGUGUAUAAAAGGAUUCUCGUAGACCGAGGAAACGAGCGACUCCUGUUCCUGCUGAGAUGGCAGACAUCAGGCACGGUCACGUCUGUCCCGUCUGCCGGGGCCAGCAGCAGUCUGGGCAAUAUCUGCUGAGUUAGUCGUCCCCACACCCCACCCAGAGGAAGCCUUCCUCCAUCCUUGUGUGCCCACAUUGUCCUUUAACAAGAUGAACACAACUGAGCUGAACCAGAGCGCCGUGACCUUCUGCCUUCUGGACAUUGGUUACUCUCAGAUCUUCAACACGUGCCUGCUGGAAGUCGUUGUCAUCCUCUUUCUUACUGUGCUCAUCAUCUCCGGUAACUUGGUUGUCAUCUUUGUGUUUCACUGUGCACCUCUACUCAACCACCAUACCACCAGCUCUUUCAUCCAGACCAUGGCCUACGCUGACCUGCUAGUGGGAGUAAGCUGCCUUAUUCCAUCUCUGUCUUUGCUACACCACCUGAAAGGGCUGGAUGAGCAGAUUACCUGCAAGGUGUUUGGUUACAUGGUGUGUGUGCUGAAGAGUGUCUCCAUGGCCUCACUGGCCUGUGUUAGUGUGGACCGGUAUAUAGCCAUUACGCGGCCACUGUCCUAUGCAGCCUUGGUGACACCGUGCCGUCUGCGGGCCUGCAUUGCACUCAUCUGGAUCUACUCCUGUGUAAUCUUCCUGCCCUCUUUCUUUGGCUGGGGCAAGCCUGGGUAUCACGGUGAUGUCGUCCAGUGGUGCUCGUCGUCCUGGGCCACCCAGCCACUCUUCACUGCCUUCAUCGUGGCGGCGCUCUAUGCACCUGCGGCCCUGACCGUGUGCUUCACCUACGCCCACAUUUUUCGGAUAUGCCGUCAGCACACCCGACAAAUAAGCGAGCGUCGGGCGCGUUUCGGCCCGCAGGAAACUGAGCCCGGAGAACCGCCUGGCCCUGACAAGCGCUACGCCACCGUGCUCUUCCGCAUCACCAGUGUGUUCUACCUGCUGUGGCUACCUUACAUCAUAUACUUCUUGCUAGAGAGCGCUGGAAUAUACCGGCAUCCUGCGGCCUCCUUUUUGACCACAUGGCUCGCAAUCAGCAACAGCUUCUGCAACUGCCUCAUCUACAGUUUGUCAAACAGCGCCUUCCGUAAAGGCCUCAAGCGUGUCUGUUUGAUUUGCAUAAAAAGCACAGACACCAAGAAGCCCCCUGGGAUGCCGUCGGCUCCUCCUCGCCCGGCCUGUCACGUGUAACACCCAGUAAAGACUGGAGAGUGUCACAUGUUAUGUGCUUGUCUCGGCCAGUGGAAACAGGCUUGCGUUGGCAUCUGGGUGGUGUUCCCAGGUCUUGUCCCAGAGUCUGGUUGUCUUCGUGACAAAUCCUCGAGGCAAAGGAGUCCCCUUUCACCCCAUUCAUCAGUGUCGAAGGGGUAGUUAGGGCUGCUGUUUUUUUGCAGCAUUGAAUAACAAUUCUUUAUGCAAAAAAUAACCAUCACAAACCAGAAAAAAGAAGAAGGAAAAAAACGACAUCAUAAUCAUGGAUAUAAAAUAAAGAAAAAUACCCUGGUUUUGUAAACUAAAUGCUUGCGUACAUCAUCCGUCAAAUCUUAACGUCUUAAUAUCAUGUUGCUUAUUUAACAUUCGAUCCACUUUAACCAGAGUGAACAGACAUGUUUUUGUUGUUUUCAGGACAUUUUAAUGUGCUAUCAGACAAACCUGUGACUAAUCAUGUGCCACAUUUCCUCGUUCAUCCUGUUGGAUGCUUCUUUGGCAAUGCAGGUUUUGGCGGAUUGUGUAACUUUGCCUCUGGUCACAGGACGAACGUAUGCGUGGAUCAGCAAACAAAUGGACCAUUCUGCUGGAGUCAAGAUUGCACAAAGAUGCACUUUCGCACUGGAACACAUGGGACCUCGCUGUUCCGUUUUUUCCGUAGAUUUGUGUUGUUGAAAAAUGUUAAUCACCACCCAAGGGGGUAACCUCCCUUGAUGUUGACUUUUCAGAAAAGCAUCUCUGGAUUUGUCAUUUGAUGUGAUGAUGUUUCUUCAUAUCAUGCAGCAUAAGUGUAGCACAGCUGUCUUGGCAUGUUCGGUUUACUUUCCAAAAUGGAGAUCUUUAACUAUAGUGCUGUAGCCAUAUGGUAAUAUUUAUCAAAAAAACAAGUCAUCUCUUACGGAUCACACUUAGCAGGAGCCGGAGAGCAGAGUCUCUCAGCUAUACACGCUAAAAACCGAGAGCCGACGUAACAACAGAAAACCAGAUUUUUAUUUUGCAAAAACACACAAGGACAAACAAAUCAAUCAAAAUAAAUAAAAAAAAAAGAAAUAAAUAAGGCUGUGAGUCUGUCAGACAAACAAAGGCUACAUGACUGUUUUAGCAAGCUUCCAGUAUUUCCUCUGUAUUAUUAAUCUGGACCUUUUUAUUUCUGUACAUAAUUCAUAAUUUAUAUACGUGAAGGUGCCAAGAAAAACGGAGGACGCCGGAAUCCGCCUCGUCGUCGUCUCGUCAGUUAUAAUCCCUGCUGUGAGCUUGAAGUCAGUUUGUUGUCACACUGGUCACAACUUCAGCGGUACUGUUUUCCUUUAGAUAGCUUUGUCUUCUAGCUGACCAAAGUGAAAUAUUUACGGACAUUCGCUUUCUUUUUUUUUUUUUCUUUUCAAUUUUUAAAACAACAACAAAAAAAAACACAACAUAAUGAAUGAAAAUGUCACGUUCGAUAACAUGUACGCAGUCGUGUUUCCUGUAUCGUGGGCUGUGUGCGCUUCAAAAGAAUCUAUUUAAUAUAUCGGUAUCGUUAUAAAAAUCUGUGUCUUGAUGUAAGAGUGUUUUAUAUCCAGUAGAACUGUGACUAAAGAUAACACUAAUUUUCUCUAAUAAGUACCAGGCAGUUUUGACCAGCAAAGGAAAAAAAUAUUUUUUGUGAACACUUUACUGCAUGUCGAAUUAUAAUAGCUUUACUUUUCUAACUACGCGAUCUACAGUAGGUUCUAACAACGAAGUCGUCUUUGUACUUAGAGAUGUACGAGAUGUCAACGUGAGUGUUUUAAAGCUUAUAAACCUGGUUUUAGACUGUUUAUUAACUGCCACGAUAGGGCAGGGCGCUGUGCAAUAUGUCUGUUUUGGAGGUUCUGAAGUAAAAUGGUAGAACCACAUAUCGCGCACAAUGGGAGGGGAGGGGAGGAGGGGGGCUUUUAUUUGUUCCACGUGUUCCAGCUGUGUGUCGAAACUUCAGAUCGCAAUCUGGUGGCCUCUGGCCGUGAGCUCGGACGCGUUUGGACCAUAGCCGUAGUGUUGGAGAGCGAAGCGAGUCGAGCCUAAAGUCUUAACUCCGAAGCCGUCUUUAAUUAUUAAGUGCACAUGACUUUGUUCUUGUUUGUGAUGUUUGUUAGUUACGCCAGCAAAGGAACAAAGGUGUAAAAAGAGCUCGUUAUUCGUUUGAUUGUUUCAGACUCAGAGACUUUCUGACUGUCAAGAAAAUUCUCUCUUUAGCAUAGAGGGAAGUGUAAUUUUUUUUUUCUUCCCACUUUUAGCGAAACAUCGUCGUGUUGUUUUUUUUUUUUUUUUUUUACGAACCGCGGAGUCAAACCCACAGUCAGAAUACACUUCUGUUUUCGAUUAAAAAAAGGCCAAUUUCAUAGCAAGGUUCAGCUGACUUUAUUUAUUUAUUUAUUUAA